CAAGAACUCCUGGCAUGGUUGAACAACCUGCUCCAGUUGAACAUCACCAAAAUCGAGCAGUGCGGAACCGGUGCUGCGCUAUGCCAGAUCUUUGAUUCGAUAUUUUUGGACGUGCCGAUGUCCCGGGUCAAGUUCAAUGUCAACAGCGAAUAUGCCUACCUUCAAAACUUCAAGGUUCUCCAGAACGUGUUUGCUCGCCACAAUGUCGACAAGCCCAUACCCGUCCAGUCCCUCAGCAAGUGCCGUAUGCAGGACAACCUUGAAUUCCUCCAGUGGGUCAAGAAGUACUGGGAUCAGCACUACCCCGGUGGUGAAUACGAUGCGGUGAGUCGCCGGAAGGCCUCCGGUGCUCCCAGCGCCACCCCCGGUGCCCGCGCUCCCUCUUCCGGCUCGCGUCGUGGAGCCACUCCCACCACAGCUGCUGCCCGCGGUCCCCGGGUGGCCGCCUCCGCAGGCGGCGGCGGUGGCGGCGCCGCGACAGCGGCCCUGCAACAGGAGAUUGCGACACAGAAGGAGGCCAUCGCUGGCCUUGAGAAGGAACGGGAUUUCUACUUUGCCAAGCUGCGCGACAUCGAGCUGCUGCUGCAGACCGCCAUCGAGGAGAACCCGGAGAUCGAGAGAGAGGAGGACACGCUGGUGAAGCAUAUCCAGGGCAUUCUGUACUCUACCGAGGAUGGAUUCGAAAUCCCCGCUGAGACGGAAGAGGGCGUAGCCGAUGACCUCGAGACAUUCUAA